CCGCUUACAAGUUACUGCAUAUAUAGCUUUGUGAGUGAUUGUUUUUCUGUAUAGCUGACAAUUUUCACAACCCAUUAGUGACCACCGAUUUAGUGUUUGCUAACAUUUUUAUUUGCUGGACAAGCAAUCCCUAAAAUAUAUUAUAUCUAGGAACUGAACAUAUGCUAUGUAGUUCAUAAAUUUAAAUUGUUUAGAAUUGUGUUAAUAAUUUUUUGGAAGAUUUUUUCAAUUGAAAUUUUGCAAACAGCUGUUGUCAUAAAUAAGGAAAUGAAUAUGUAAUGGUGUUGAUAGGACUUUUCAUUGAUCAAAGCUCUGUUUUUGUUUAUGUUUUAUCAUAGUUUGUUGAUAUUUGUAUAUUUUUUUUUCCUUCGUUUUAAUGGUUGUAAGAAUAUUCAUGUGUGUAUAUGCGUAUAUAAUUAGCUUACUUUUUCAACUUAUUUAAUAGUUUGUGAGUUUUUUGAUUUAGUCAAAUAAUUUUGAUCAUUUUUUAGUUUUAAAGAUUUGCUUUUAAUAUUUGUCUAAACACAAAACAUUCCAACCCAGUCGUAAUUGGGUUGUUAAAAUUAUGUAAAAGCCAUUUAAAAUAAGUAUAGUUUGAUUUCUACUUGCCUGUGAGUAGGAGGUGCAUAAGCUACUGACCUUUGUGCAAUUUAAAAUAAUUUUUAUUAUAUGUACAUUGGUAAUUAUAAAUAACCUUAAGUGUGUGUUUAUAAUUUAGUUACGUUGUUUAUUAGUUGUGUAACAGCUAAUCUUUAUUCUUUAAUUACUUUUUUCUGUAAUCAGGCAUAAGAUUGUAUUUAGUAAACUGUUUGAAAUAAAAUAAUGAGCCAUGCAAGGUAUUUUGAAAACCCAUUUCUUGGUAUGGAGCCAACAUAUAAAGAUACAACGCACGAAGACUACAAGUCACGUGUGAUUGAAAUGGUGGAUAAAAUACUUCAUAACCUUAAACCAACACCAGCUAAUGGAAAAGGAGGUAUAUAUGUGGGAACUGCUGGCAUUGCCUAUAUGUUUUAUUAUCUUGCUAGAAGUGGAUUGUACCCGGAUCAUAAGGAGAGGUUUCUAAACGCUGCUAAAUCUUAUAUUGAAAGUGCAUUGGAAUAUGAUAGAUCAAAUAUAUCCAGUAAAAGGAAGCAAAUAGGAUUCCUACAUGGAGAAGGUGGUGUUCAUGCUGUGGCUGCGCUUGUAUUUUAUUACAUUGGUGAUAAGAAGGCAUCUGAUAAACAUUUAAAAGUUUACCAAUCAUCAUCAUUAUGUUGUAAGGAUGCAGAAUAUGAUGAAUUAUUUGUUGGAAGAGCUGGUUAUCUGCUUGGUGUAUUACUUCUGCAACGACACUUAAAAACAGAAGUAUUACCAAGCAAAGAAAUUGACAAAAUUUUUCAGAAAAUUCUUAAAACUGGAAAAAAGUUUCGGUCCAAGUUACAAUUAGACGGUGACAUUCCCCUUAUGUUUGAAUAUCAUGGAAAAAUGUAUCUAGGAGCUGCUCAUGGAUUUUCGGGAAUUUUACAAGUUUUGCUCUGUUUUCCUCAACUACUAAAUAAAGAUGGCAACACUUUGACCAUGAUUCAGCAAUCUGUUGAUUAUUUGCUGAGUCGCUGCGUUGAUCGAGAUGGAAAUUUUAAUGUUGCAACUAAUCUUCAAAGUUCAUUAUCCCAAGAUGGUGGGAAACACUUGGUGCAUUGGUGCCAUGGCGCAGCUGGGGUGAUCUAUACAUUUGCAAAGGCUUAUUUUGUGUUUGGCAAAGAUCCCAAGUAUCUCGAAGCAUGUGUGAAACUUGGUGAGACAGUUUGGAAGCUUGGUUUACUAAAGAAAGGACCUGGAAUAUGCCAUGGAGUGGCUGGGAGUGGAUAUGUGUUUUUACUUCUGUAUAGAUUGACUGGAGAUACUAAGUAUCUGUAUAGAGCACACAAAUUUGCCAACUUUAUCUUCUCACCAGAGUUCAAGUCUGCUCAUCAACCUGAUCGACCGUUCAGUUUAUUCGAAGGCAUUGCAGGAACGGUUUGUUUCCUGAACGACCUCAUGGAGCCAAAUAAAGCUGAGUUCCCACUGAGUGACGUGUUUCUAUCAUAAACAAACACAUUUUGUUUUUUCACACUGCACAUGUACUGCGUUAAAUGUACGUUUUUUAUGUUUUAAUUUGUGUUUUGGUUAUCUCGUUUACGAGCAUUAAAGAGCUUGAAAGCCAGUGAAUCACAAAAAUCAUGGUCUGCUAUUUGUGUGAAUUAAAUAAUUGCACUAUGUCUCAACAAUAAAUCAUCUUGUAGGCCAAGCUCCAACAGUUGCUACA